AUGAGGAGACCCUUGGAGCACUCAAGGUUUUCCAUGAAAAUUACAUCGGUGAUGUCCUCACCUACAUCGAGCAUGCCAAGAGGAAGAUCAUCACCUCCAUAG